UGAACGCCGACUUCUACGAUAUUUACCAGGAAAUUCCCGCAGUCGAGAGAAGCCCAUUUAUACAUUCUUCGCUAUGGGUAAAUCUUCCAAAGACAAACGUGAUGCCUACUACCGACUGGCGAAAGAGCAAAAUUGGCGUGCCCGUUCCGCCUUCAAGCUCAUUCAAAUCGACGAACAAUUCGACCUUUUCGAACACGAGAGCCCGAAGAAAGUUACGAGAGUUGUCGAUCUGUGCGCCGCUCCUGGAAGUUGGAGUCAAGUGCUGAGUCGAGUGUUGAUCAAAGGAGAGAGUUUUGGCCGCCGGGCGUGGGUUGAGAAAAAGCGAAAGGAAAAGGAAGCGCUGGAGAAGGUGAAAAAUGGAGCCGUGGAGCAGAAUGAGGAAAGCGAGAAGGACAGUGCCGCUGAAUUGAAGCCUCGAAAGAACGUCAAGAUUGUCUCCAUCGACCUUCAGCCUAUGGCACCCCUAGAGGGCAUUACCACUCUGAAAGCGGAUAUCACACACCCAUCCACCAUCCCUCUGCUCCUUCGUGCCCUAGACCCGGGAGCUUACGAUUCUUCUGAAUCGUCCCCUUCUGCUAUAAGACAACCACAUCCCGUCGACCUGGUCAUCUCAGAUGGUGCUCCCGAUGUAACUGGCCUGCACGAUCUGGACAUCUACAUUCAGUCGCAGCUGCUCUACUCAGCGCUGAAUCUAGCCCUAGGUGUCCUGAGACCCGGAGGCAAAUUUGUGGCUAAGAUUUUCCGUGCCCGUGAUGUUGAUCUGCUCUAUGCACAGCUUCGUACAGUGUUCGAGAAAGUCAGCGUUGCGAAACCAAGGAGUAGUCGUGCAAGCAGUCUGGAGGCCUUCGUGGUUUGUGAAGGAUUCAUUCCCCCUGCUGUCCACGAUGGCGUUUUGGGAAUAGAUGCAUUGAAGGACCCCUUGUUCAGUGGUGCAGCCGCUCCACGUUCUGCCUCAACUGAUGGCAACGUCGGUGUGGAGGUCAUGGACGAGGACCUCGAUGGAGCUUCUACACAAGCCACCAAACUGACAGCAGCAAAUCCCGCCACUGACUCCAGCCAUGAAACCGAAGUCCGCAAACUCCACCCAGACUCGCACAUCACGAAACCAGCUGCUCAAAAUGACUCAUCAGAAAAAUUUGCCGUUGAAAACCGGUGGAUUCCUUCCUUCAUUGCUUGCGGUGACCUUUCCGCUUGGGACUCUGAUGCCUCAUAUGCUCUGCCCCCUGAUCAUGUCAGUCUGGAUCCUGUCCAGCCGCCUACGGCCCCUCCUUACCGACGCGCUUUGGAGAUGAGAAAGGAAAAAGGUGGUGCGUACGGGAAGACCAAACUGGGCGCCAUGGGGCGAGCAUAAUAGCUGCUGGUCCGAUUGCAUGGGAGGGCACCUUGUGUAUAUAUUGCAUUUGCUCAUGGUGUUCUUUUUUCGAUGUUUUCAUGAAUAUUUCCUUGGUUUUGAUGAGAAGACGAUCGAUGUCCCUACGGAGUUUGCUUCAUACGGAGCAAAGCAUAUCUAAAAGUAUAUAGCAGAUACCCAUAGAAUAAACAAUGAAUGGUUAAAAAAGCAAUUAAUUCUAUAAGGCG